AGAGUCAGUCAAGAGUGGGUAGCGUUCGAGAGGAAGGAGGAGUAGCCUUUAUAAAUGGCAAGCAGAGCUAUCCCUAUGACAAGCCUCCCACGUCGCUGUCUGUCAGAGUGGUAUAGCCCCAGACUGCGUGGGUUAGUGUGGGUCCAGUAGAAGAGUUUAGUAUAAAAGCGGCUAUUCCAGUCUGAUAUUACGCGCGCCGGCCUCGCUCUCUAGUUAUUUGUUACUACGACUCCUUACACCUGAUUUGUCUACUAUCUUCCUAGUAUUUCCACGGAAAGCUCGCAUCACUAAAGGAAAUCUUGUCUAUGGUUUUGCCAGAAGAAAAUUCCACGAUGUCUCGGACUGACGAGGUGCACCGUAUAACGGAGAAUGUCUAUAAGUCUAUCAUGGAGCAGUUCAACCCAUGCUUGCGGAACUUUGUUGCCAUGGGGAAGACCUACGAGAAGGCCCUAUCCAGUGUCACAUUUGCUGCGAAGGGCUACUUCGAGGCACUGGUGAGGAUGGGCGAGAUGGCCAGCGAAAGUCAAGGCUCUAAGGAUCUUGAAGAGGCAGCAUGGGAUGUGCUCUUUCAGAUGGCAGAGGUCCAUCGGCAGAUCCAGAUGCAGCUUGAAGACAUGCUGAAGUCAUUCCACAAUGAGCUUCUGACAGAGCUAGAGAAGAAGGUUGAGUUGGACGCUCGCUACUUGAAUGCGGCCCUGAAGAAGUACCAGAUGGAGCACAAGAGUAAAGGAGAGAGUUUGGAGAAGUGUCAGGCAGAGCUGAAGAAGCUGCGCAGGAAGAGCCAGGGCAGCAAGAACCCCUCCAAAUAUGGGGAGAAGGAGAUGCAGUAUGUUGAGACCAUCAGCAGCAAGCAGAGUGACCUGGACCAGUACACUGCAGAGGGCUACAAGAACGCGCUGUCCGAGGAGAGGAGGAGGUACUGUUUCCUGGUCGACAGACAGUGUGCCUUGGCCAAGAACAGCUCCACCUACCACAGCAAGGGACGGGACCUGCUGGCCCAGAAGAUCCCUGGCUGGCAGCAGGCAUGUGCCGACCCAACCAAGCUUCCGGAGCGGGCCAUGCUCCUGGCCCAGCAGAUGACUUCUGCAGGAGGCACCCUGGGCUCUGCCCCCCACACUCACCAUGGUUCCAAGGGCAACCUGCACAUCUCCGACCCGAUCCCUGGCGCCAAACCCCUACCCGUGCCUCCGGAGCUGGCUGCACUCAUGGCUCAGCAGCGUCUAACUGGACCAGGAGGAGUCGAGGCAGGGAUGUUGAACGGAGCAUCUGGAGCCCACGGAGGAGCAAGCGGAGGUGGGGAGGACUACCAGGACUGGAUGGAGGGGAAGAUGGCCCACGCCCAGAUUCUGGCCCAGCAAGCCUCCACCCAACCCCACAGACAGGGCAGCGAGGUCUACUCCAACACCCUGCCUGUCCGGAGGAACGCCCCGGCCAAGAGCAGCGCCACCAUGAGCCAGGAGACCCGCACUCUGCCCAGAUCCAGUUCUAUGGCUGCCGGUCUGGAGAGGAACGGUCGCACCCGUGUUCAGGCGAUCUUCUCCCAUGCGGCAGGAGACAACAGCACCCUGCUCAGCUUCUCCGAGGGAGACGUCAUCACCCUACUGGUCCCGGAGGCCCGGGAUGGAUGGCACUACGGAGAGAACGAGAAGAACAAGAUGCGCGGCUGGUUUCCUUUCUCCUACACACGGGUCGUCCCGGAAACGGACAGCAACAAAUUACCAGUUAACAACCUCCACCAGGCUCGGAGCAGCAGCACUGGAAACCUGCUAGAGAGGGAUGAUGUGGUUGCAGUUCCUCCGCCAGGCUAUGGCAUGUCGUCCCGCCUGCUGGCACAGAGCAUGCAGACAGCCCCCAUGACACACGGUCGACAGCAACAGCGGCCGUACAGCGUGGCAGUGCCAGGCUUCUCACAGCAGGGACUUGAGGAAUAUGAGCAACGUUUUCCAACAAGUUCUGAAGGGGGAACCGUUCCGAAAUUGAUUUCCACAGUGUGAGACGGGACAGAAAGACACGCAGACAGACUGACUCAGACCCAGCUUACUGCUGCUGCAGUAGGACUAAUGGCCAGUCACCUCUUCAGUCCCUCAGUGUCUGCCCUCUUAGCCACCCCCUUCUGCCUCCCACUGAUCCAACACAACACUCCCCUCUUCACCUGAGCCAAGCAGGCCAGCUCCCAUGUCUUCGUCCUCCCAUCGCGCCAAGGGAAGACCCGUCUCUCUCCCCACUCCUCUCCUUCCUCCCAUCACGCCAAGGGAAGACCCGUCUCUCUCCCCACUCCUCUCCUUCCUCCCAUCACGCCAAGGGAAGACCCGUCUCUCUCCCCACUCCUCUCCUUCCUCCUCAUCCUGCUCUUCCACUCUGCUCCGCUGAAACCAGGCUAAACCUUGUCUAACCAGACCCACGAAGCAGGACCAACUAACCCCAAUGCAAAAGGACUGACUAAGCCCAGAACUGUCUGUUGGAAUAAUGGACGUUGUCUGAGGAAAAUGUGGAAACAAUAUUUUGCUUGUCUUUCAUGCAUGUACACAUUUUAUUGGGAUGCACCGAUUCUGAGUACAGAACUGACUAUCUGCUGAUGCUGAAUGCUGAUCUGAUACUGCCAUUUUGUUUUGUUGAGGUGCAAUGAUGCCAUACAUCUUUUAAAUGACUGAAUUGUAUGUCAUACAAAGUUUUAUCUACAACUUUCUCAAUGUUUAAGAUUAUGGAACUUACACCAUUUUAACAACAUCCAAUUGUAGUAAUAUAUAUUACAAUACACUCCAAGGGAGAGUUAUGCAUUUGUGGAAAUUAUAUUGCAAUCUAAAAUGGGAAAGUGGAUGUUGGAGAAAUGGGUCACUGCUGUGAAAACUAGGCAUGUGAUAAAUUACAAUUUUACAUAAAGUUUAUACAAGCAUUUUCAGAUCGUGUAUGGUUAAAAUCAAUGUGAAUUUGCACGUUUGGCUUGUCAUUGUCCAAUAGCAACUUCACAAAAUGGCAGUAGAAUAAUAAGCGCUUUAGGCUAAUCGAUUGAAAAUGAAAUCGGAAAGACUGUACAACACCAAACAGAUAGCCUCGCUAUUUAGCUAUGAAUCUCAAUGGAUUUCGGGCUUAUAAAUCACACAGUUGAAGUGAUGUAUUUUCAAAUCGUUUGGUAUUAACAUGCUGACGUUAGCCAAUUUAGUGGACGUUAGCUAGCAAGCCUAAACUUUUCUACCGUCACCCCUUGAAACGCUUGGCAAAAUGUACAACUGCUAGUUUAAAGUGUAAAGUAAUUCCAUACUGCAGACAUUAUUUUGGUUGUUAUUGAGUUCACUGGGUAUAGCCGGCAACGUAUGCCCAUCAACAACAAUUUACCACGUUUUUACAGCACAUUUUUAUUCCUAACUGUUUCGUGAUAUCGGCUCAUUACGUCGUCUCGCUGUCGCCGAUGCCCAAUCCCGUAUUUUUGGUCCAUAUCGGAUCGGUGCAUCCCUGAUCUUUUAUAUUAAAUGGGAAUUUCUUCCUCUUCAAAAUACAAUAAAAUAUGAGUGUUUUAUUUUAUUGACAGCUUUCUCCUGUCUCCACCAGUGAAGGUGAAGGAUAUACAGUAGCCUAUAUCAGUGUAAAUCAAAAUGCUAAUCCAAAGGGGAUUGUUUUAAAGACGGUUAUGUAUAAUGAUCAAAAAGGUCAAAAUAAGCUGUAAUGGGUGUCAUUAUGCUUUAGACAGUAACUUUAUUCUACAGACCCAGAUUUUCUUCUCAUAAGUGUCUCAUGAUGACCCUCUUUAAACAAGAAACUAUGUAUCACGUGGUGAAAUUACUCCAAUGUAAAUGCUCAUUUUUUUACGAUAGUUUAUUAGGGGCAUCAGACCAGCUAAAUAGCUGUGUACGAUAAAAUAAUGUACAUUUGACUCAAACGGAAGAUGAUUGUUGAUUAUAUCAGUUGAUCGAAACGCACCUUAAAGACCACUUAUUUUAUGACUCUGAUCUAAAUAGUUAUUGUCCUGCUAUUACAGUUGUUAGCGUAAACGUAUUUUCUGAUAAUUAUGUCAGUUUUAAUUUUUUAUGACCAGUGAGAUGUUCAGCAUUGUGGAAGACCCAAUACACUGUUUUCCAGAAACGUGUGUUCUGAAUAUCUUGUGUCUGAAUGUAAUCAUACUUUCCCAAAGCUGAAUGGCUACAAAUGACACUCAUCCCUGAAUGGAAGAGAUUUACGACUCUUGAGUUAGUUUGGUUCAGUUCAGUUGUCACAUCCUGUUCCUGGCCUCUCCGGUCAUUAGCCGAUGACAAGGAGUGAAAUGUUGGCUAGAGAGUCUGCUACCCAGAAUAUGGUUAUCGUUCUGGCCUUUAUGCAUGGAAAACAAGACAAAUGACACCCACAAUGCACCUCACCAAACACACAACAAAGGUGCUAAAUGUCAUGUGCAUUAACCAAAUUGCCAAAAGCAACUGCCUCUCCAUGUUCUCUCAUCCCCUCCAUUCAGUGUUGCCUGGUUACUAAUUGUUUACAAAUAACUCAACAAAUGACUACCCAAGGCCUCUUCCUGGGGUUCCUUCUGCGUACCAUAGGGAAAUAGUUUGAGUUACAUAUAUAAUGUUUCUUAGCAAUAAACCAUUCAACGUAAUAAUUUGUCAUGUGUAAUUACCAUACAGUAUAUUAAAGAGAUAAUGAGUAACUUUUUUGGUCUGUACAGCUAUAUACAGAAACCUGUACAGCUAUAUACAGAAACCUGUACAGCUAUAUACAGAAACCUGUACAGCUAUAGACAGAGACUUUGAGGCAAUGAAUGGGUCCAAUGCUCUUGACAUAAUUAACAGAACAACUGCAAAUUCCGGCAAUAAUUGAAUUAGAUCAAUAGCCAUUUCGAGAUUUGUGAUAAAUACGCUUUUGCAACAUGAACUGUAUCCCUUGCUUCUAUGACAUUUGCAGUACUGAAAUAAGUUACCUCUGACAAGGAGAGGGCUUAAUUUGCUGUUGUAACUUCAUUCAGCCUUCUUGUAUAUUUGUAAUAAAAGGGAGAUGAGGGACCUGAUUUCUGAGACAGAAUAAAAUAUGUUGUUCUUUUGA